CACGAGUUUGACAGCUUUUUCUUUGCUUUGAAUUUCUGGUCAUUAGGAGAGUCUUGUGAUCAAUUUUCGGUUCACAUUUCAGUAAUUUGCUAUAUUCCAGCAAAUUUGAAAUAUUAACGAUUAGGUGGUAUUAAAACUGAUAUUUCGCUUCAAGAUGCCGAUUUGUGGACCUAAAUUGUCGCUUUGCGGACUGAUCGUAUCCGUUUGGGGCAUCAUUCAGCUGCUACUGAUGGGUGUCUUCUACUUCAUCCAUAGCGUGGCUUUGAUUGAGGAUCUUCCCCUGGAGCCUCAUUAUGCAACUCCGCAGGAAUUCUACGCAGCGGCCGAUCGAGCCUAUAGCCAGAAUGCUUAUAACUGCUGGAUUGCGGCCUGUAUCUACGUGCUGACUUUGGUAGUUUCCGCACAGCAGUUCUACGCCAACAGCCGGACAACCGUGGCUUAAAUGUGCAUUCUUAUUCCCCAGAUCCGAGUGACGACUAAGUUCGUUUAGCACUCGGUAGUAAAUGUCCAAACUAUUGUUUCCCAUGUUAACAAAUUCACACAAACUAAAUGAUCGCUUCUUUACAUGCUAAGUAAACCGCUCCAUUCCAAAAUAAAAUUAGUCAGUUUAUCAGUUUUUCGGUUAGUCAAGUAAGCAUGAUAUUGGCUAAUCUCACAUUGUAGCACAAUGAUUCGAUAAUAAAUUAGCGAUCACAAAAA